AUGGUUUAUCAUGGAAACUGUGAACCGCUGUUUGUGCCCCCUGUAAAUCAGGUGCGUAGUGGAACAGAUGUUGUUGUCGAACGGAGUAGAGUGUGUCCGACUGCUGUUAGGGCAUACCGUUUUCUCUCUGAUGAUCUAGCAACACAAAGUGAAAUGUGUAGUGCAGUACUUCAGGUGCCGUCUGUUGGCAUUGCUUGUGUAACACCAUCGGUAUCCGCUGCUGCUGCUGCUGCUGCGCAUCCUACUACUGUCUUGACGGUGUGGCCUGAUACCACUGCGGCUGAUGUUGCAGCUGUCCUUCUGCAGAAAGUGCGUUUGGAUGUGGACAAUGCUUUUGUGACAAUAUCGGAAACAGACCAAACUGGUGCUAUAAAAAAGACGCUGGACGUGGUUGGAAAGUCACAGGGAGGUCGGUUUUGGUCAAGUGAUGAUUCUACUGCAGUGUACCUAGUGAAGUUAUUUACUGGUUCUGUGAGUGUGGAGGGCAAUGCGACUCUGGGCACAGUAGCCACUGUCGAAUUUCGUCAAGUUGUUUCUGGGGAUUCAUUUGUAUUUCCGCUUCGGCGUAGUGGUACUGUAGAUGUGGAGGUGCCCAUAACGACACUUUCGUACCGUCUCGGCGACCCACUCUUCUUCACAUGCACACGACUGCGGUGA